CACCGUUGUCUAAGGAAAACAGCCUAACCGUGGUACCAUGACGUGUUUCACUGACUAAAGUGAACAGACUGAAAUCUAGCGGCGUUCACGUUCCCAGAUCGACACUUUGUCUACGUGCUCAUAUUAGUUUAUAGGAGGACUGGUUUCUCAUCGAGAGAUGCAGUGCCCCUCAAGCAGAUGUAUGCGGCUGUUAGCGGUUUUUCUGUGCUGUAUUAGCAGCACACUGAGCUGUGAACUAUCUUAUUGGGUCAGGAACUUCGUAUUUGAUGACGUCACAAUCAACACCCACGUCAUAUCCUCUGCGAGUGAUGUCACGACGGUAUUUUAUUGUGCCAUGAAAUGCAAGGAAACACCUUUCUGUGGGUCAAUCUCCUACAAUGAUGAUGGAACUUGCCGUCUGUAUCCUGUGGUAUUUCCCAACGACGCCACGUUCCCCCAUUCGCCAGGAUGGCGUCACUUCUUUUCGCCAACAGCUGGCUGCAUACUCGAGCAGGGAUACGUGUGGCUGAACCGAAUAAACCUAUGCAUCAAGGUGCUAAUUGAGAAGGAAGUGCUUUCUGACGUACGCAACAGUUGCAGCCAAUUGGGUGCCAGAUUGGUUGUCCUGGAUACGAAGGAGAAAAAUACAGAUGUCGGUGAAUAUUUGAAAGCAAACGUGGACGAGGGUAUGUACUUCAUUGGUUUGACAGACGUGCAACAAGAAGGCAGAUUUGUCUGGGAGAAUGGAAAAGACGUCGGUUUUUCAAACUGGGUACGCGGCGAGCCAAAUGGUGGCACCCGUGAAAACUGUGCGGUGAUCUCUUCAAUCACAUACCAGUGGAAGGACUACCCUUGCAGAGGUUGCAACUUCAUUUCAUAGGUGGCGACAUUUAUGAUGCCUGGGACUGGCAUGCAUAAAUCUCAACUGAAGAUUCACAAACAGCUGUGGCCAUCGGCUAUCGCUGAAGUAACCGCAACGCACCGGAAUUGGUAUGGGGAAGUAACUCUACCUAUUUUUUCUUGCGAAUUUCUAAUAGAGGCUAUAGCCUGUAUUAGAAACAUACUUGUCUGCCCUUGAUUUGCGCUAAGCGGCCCCAAUCAGCCACUAAAUUAUUUCCGGCGCGUUCACGCUCCAGUCGCUUGCAACAAAGGCCCUUUGUUUCUGCUGAAUUGUAGAGAAGUCGUCGACUUGUUCUUUUAUUUUUUGACGUUAAUAAAGUUUUAUAUUACUAUUAUUGUUUGUCAGAUUGUGUGCAAUCUCCUUUUACAGAAAAGAAAAUGUAAAAUAUGUUUUGUGCUCAAGAGAAAUAUUUACGAACUCGUCUUGGGGAGACAAAGGACGAGGGGCCCAUUGAUGAUUGACUCGUUAAAACGACAUCUUAAUAAACUGAUUCAAAAGAUGAGGAAUACAGCGAUGAUGAGGACACAGAUGAUGAAUCAAACACGGCCAGUGACGAUGACACCUAGACUGCUUUCCAUUUGAGUUGUACCAUUAGGUGGAUCUAAAGGAUCGUCUUGAGAUGGUCCGUGCACAAACAUAAUAAUUAGAUAAAAACAGUUAGGUGUGAUUAAUAUAAAGGUUAAUAUGUUGACCAAAGAAAUGAAAUGUGUCAUAUGAACACAAAAAAACUGCUUAACAGCAUUUGGCAGGAAAUAAUUAAAAUACAUUUUACUUAGCGUAACUUUUGUAGAAAAAUAAAUUUAGUGAAAUUUUGGUGAUGGAUAUGGAGGGGUUAAACUGCCUUAUUAGUGUCCCAAAACUAAUAUAGUAUCACCAAAAUUAUUCCAGGUUCCUUUUUCAUAUAUUCUAAGCUAAGAUUACCUGAUUCAUUCACAUUUCAUGCACACUGGCGAUUUUAUUGCAAAAAGUCUAAAAUUUUCACUUUCUUUCAAAAAGCGCCACUUAUUGGCUUCUAGUUACAUAACAAAUGGGAAAUUCUUCAAAUUAUUAAUAUUGAAGUGUAGAGUGGAUCAUUCCCGUGCCAUUGAUACCAAAUAUGGGCAUAUUAUAAGAAUAUAAAGUGCCGAUAUUAAUAAUGUUUCCGCUACCCCCAAUUUAGCCACAUGUCGUUGUUGUAGCAUGGAGCCAAACUCAUGGCUUGUACACAUACUGAGUACCAAUGGUUUUCCUGUUAACAUCAUUUUUCUGAAUUACUAGACUCAUAGGUAUAAAAAUAUACCAAAGAAGUUAAGAUGCGGCGGGGGUGCAAGGUGGCCCCACCUAGCCCAUGGACUAACGCAUGUGUUUUUGUAUCUAUCACUCUGUACGAACGGAAGUGUACAUUAAUUUGACUAAAUGACUAGCUGCGAUUUUUGUGUACCGCUAGCUGCAUUAUUAACUACGACCUAUGCUGCAGUUAAUCAUUAAACUAACAAUACAGAAAUUCACUUCUUCGCCUAACGAUAAGGCUUUUACUGUCUGACUCGGUAAUAAAGACAGUUUCGGGAGCAAACAUGCACAUAUUUUUCAGUGGAAUAAACACAGGUAACAAAUCGUACAUCAUGACGUAUAUUAAAUUUAAUUAAAUAC